UCAAAACCGGGCGUUUCACCUUCUGAGCGAGUGGAUUCAGACGCGGUUUCGCUUUGCGGCUGUGGUUCGCAGCACCGACAGUGCUUCAUUCUUCAACGAGACUCUCUGUGUUACGGGAGACUGUAUCUAACAAGUUUAUUUUUCUAAUGAUUUGAAAGGUCUGUGAUACAUUAUGGCAGGAGAUAACCAGCAGUUCUGUUUAAGAUGGAAUAACCACCAAAGCACCCUGAUCUCUGUAUUUGAUUCACUUCUCGAAAGCGGUACGCUGGUGGAUUGCACUCUAGCCGCAGAGGGCCAGUACUUAAAAGCCCACAAAGUAGUUCUUUCAGCAUGCAGUCCUUAUUUGGAGUUACUACUAAGUCAGCAUUACGAGAAGCACCCCAUAGUUAUAUUAAAAGAUGUCAAAUUCCAAGAAUUAAAGUCCAUGAUGGACUAUAUGUAUAGGGGUGAAGUUAAUAUUACACAAGAUCAAUUAGCAACAUUUUUAAAAGCGGCCGAAUCGUUACAAAUUAAAGGUCUCUCAGAAAGUAGUGGAAGCACUGACGAUGCACGAGAUGUGGGCUCAACAGCAAAACGUCCGAGAGAAGAGCCUCCGCCGCGAAGGCCCGUUCCCCCCCACCCCCAAGCCAGAUUACCUCAUUCAUCAGGUCUUACCAUCGAACCACGCAGGUCCAUUCCUCAUUCUUCAGAAAUGGCGCCCGCAAGUCCUAUGAAAUCUAGAGAAGGUAGUACCUCACCAGUUGCUAGGAAACGCCGAAGACGUAGGCCUUCAGGCGGUGAUGAUGCGUCUAACGCAGCCUUAUCUGAUAGUCAACUCGAUACUAGCAACUCAUGUGAUCUUCCACCCGUUUCUAACCAAGCACAAUCUACUCCCAUAAGUGUUCCUAGCAUUCUCGCCACACCGUCUGCCUCGAAUAAUCAAUCAGAAUCCGACCAACCCUUAGAGACUGAAGCAUUGAGUAGGUUCCCUAACACAACUGGCAGUGAACUUAUGGUCAAAACUAAGAUGGAACCUAAUACUGAUCAACUGAUAGAGCCCAAGACUGAGUACCUGGAAGACAUCAAUAAUGAAGACAGUGUAGAAGAUCUGACCUUAGAUGACGACGAUGAGAUGCCUGGUCCUUCACAUGCUGAUGGCUCCAAUCAAAACUUUUCUCAGUGGCAAAUGGCGGGUGAUAGAUCAACAGACGAAGUAUUUAUGGCAGCGCAAGAAGCUGUUGGUGCUCAUAGGGACUCACAAGAUACCGAGAGUAAUUUGAUCGUAGAGCAAGUCUUCUCUUACGUCGAUUUUCCUGAGUGCAAGCCGGAACUGGACGAUUUUACAAAGCUGCUUCCAGGAUCUGAACAACUAGCGUGGGACUAUGAAGGACUUGAACACGACUGUGAACAGGAAGCAGGAGUUGGCGCAGCAGAAGACUCCAUUUUGGGGAUGCCCGAGCCCGCUGUCGCGGAACCGGAGGAAGAACCCUUCUACGCCCCAGUUCCAGUUCUAAAUGGAUGGCAUCGCGAGAGCUCUCUUCGGUCGAUGUUGUCCGAAACCCCUGAAGGCCGCUCCAUCCUCAGCUCAUACGAUAGAACAAAUAAUCUAACCGUCGAAGAUAAGAAGGUGCUCACACAUAUAAUAAUCGCCAAAGAAAUAAAUCGCAAUGGAUCGGACAAAAUCUCAGCCUCGAGACUGCGGGAGCUAGCGGAGGAAGUCUGUGUUUGUUUCCCCACAGAGGUGGUGGAGCAUUGGUACGCAGGUCGUGAUGCUCAACGCUCUUGGAGCAGAGGGAAACUUUACGAGAAGUACAAGCACGCGGUACGCAGUGGAAAUUGGCAAUCGCUUCGGAAUUAUGGAAACCCGAAACUGAAGAGGGGAAAGAAGACGAAUACCACUUCAUCCAAGUUACCAAGAAUGGAAGAGGGAGUUGCGAUCAAAGAUGACAAACCCGACAUCGGUGUACCCGAUUCGAAGAGCUCUAAGACGGAAGAAGAAGAAGAAGUGAGAGACUCUAAGAUUGAUUUAAGAUCAAUGCUCUCGGAAAGCCGCACCGGCCGCAAAAUUUUACGCUCUUACGAGAAACAGAAAAGUUUGAGCGAGUUGAGCCGGAACCUGCUGACAAUUUUCUUGAUACGCUCGGAGCUGAACGGUCAUCUCUCGGUCAAAAUUCCCCCCGAGCGAUAUCGCGAAAUGGCCAAGAGCGUCUGCGAAUGCUUCCCGACCGAGAACGAGACGGACUGGUUCCGACCCAGGAGGGUCCGUCAGGAUGGAGUCGUCGUCCAGCAAAUGGGAAGACUCUACAAUAAAUACAUAUAUUAUAAGUACGCGCAGAGAGCAAUCAAGGACGUACGCCAUGGAGUCCUUGCCAAAAGUUUAUUCCUCAAGCAGAGUCCUUGCAAGAAGCGGACUGGUUCGAACCCUGAGCGCAAGAAGGAGCCAGAGUUGGCUCCGGAAAACAGCGUUUCAAAGCCUUCCAAGUCUGAAAGUACACUCGCCAAAAAGGUAGAGGAUUCUGGGAACGAUCUGAGAUCACUGCUAUCUCAAAUCCCACAAGGCCAACGGAUUUUGAGCUCAUAUGAUGAAGAAAAGCAACUGACCGAGUCGGAUCGGUGCACGUUGACAAUCUUGUUGAUUCGUAUGGAACUCAACGGCACAAUAUCCACCAACAUACCCCCAGAGCGUUUCCAAGAGAUCGCUCGAGAAGUUUGUCGAUGCUUUCCGACCGAAGUGGAAGAGGAGUGGUACAGACCCAGGUCGCUUGGUCCCCAUUUUAGCAGGCUCAACGCCAGCGGAAGACUGUACGCUAGAUAUCUGUAUUAUAAGUACCAAAAGAAAGCCAUCCGAGACAAACCCAAUGAAGAAGUGGUUGAGGAAAUACCAAUUAAAUCAAUUAGAAUAGAGAAUCGGACUGAGCCACAAUUUGAACGCAAGAGAGGACCCGGACGGCCGCUGAAUAAUAAUAAUUUGAAACAUUUGAAGCCGAGAAAGGAACCGGAACACGAGGCAUGUGAUUCUGGAAACGAACUGAGAUCGCUUCUGUCUCAAAUCCCCGAAGGCCAGCAGAUUUUAAACUCCUACAAUGAUUCGAAUGAGCUAACUGAAGGAGAUCGGAAAACGCUGUCAAACUUGUUGAUUCUCAAAGAACUGAAUGGUGAUGCAUCUGCUAAAAUAUGCCGAGAACGGUUCCGAGAAAUCGCUCGAAAUAUCUGUAGUUGCUUUCCGACCGAGCUGGAAAGAAUUUGGUACAAGCCUAGGGUGCGUUGCAGGAACGGAACCUACAUAUAUCCCUCGGGAAAACUGUAUCAAACAUGCAUGUAUUACAAAUAUUCCAAGAAAGCAGACACCGAUAAACGUGUUGAAGAAAAGGCCGAGGGAAUCUCUGAAAAUCAAAAUCGAUUGAAGAAUCUGACUGAGCCCCACCCUGAACGCUCUGAUUCACGCCCUGGACGCUCUGACUCACGCCCUGAACGCUCUGAUUCACACCCUGAACGCUCUGAUUCACUCCCUGAACGCAAGAAAAGAAAAGGACGGCCUCCGAAGAAUAAUAAUUUGAAACAUUUCAAGCUAAAAAAGAAACGGGUCCCUAACGAGCUGAGAUCACUUCUAUAUCAAAUCCCUGAAGGCCAGCAGAUUUUGAACUCGUACAAUAGUUCGAACAAACUAACAGACACAGACCGGAAAACUCUGUCCAUCGUAUUGAUUCGCAAGGAACUGAACGGCGAUGUAUCUACUCAGAUUUCCCCAGAGCGGUUCCAAGAGAUCGCUCAGAAUGUCUGUCGUUGCUUUCCCACCGAGGUUGAAAAACAGUGGUACAGACCUAAAGGGCGAUGCAAGAAUGGAGAACGUCAACCCUCGGGAUGGCUCUAUCGAAAAUAUGUGUAUUAUAAAUAUUACAAGAAAGCGAUCAUCGACAAAGACGUUGGAGUAGUAGCGGAUGAUAUCUCUAUAGAUGAAAAGGGAUCAGAGAUGCUUGAAUCAGGCAGCCUAGAACGCACGUCUUGAAAGAAAAUGCCAACUAUUUUUUCGUUCCUUGAGAUUAUUUUUAGACGAAAUUGACGCUGCUCAAAAUUGUUUUACUUCUCUCUUACUGCCUUUUUUAAACAAUAUAUUUGUUUUUAAAUUUAAUGGUUAUUUUGUUUACCCGCUAGUUAUAAUAUUCAUUUAUUAGUGUUUGAUUGCGUUAAUGAGUCGCUAGUGUAAUACUGAUGUUCGUUCCUAUUUUUGGAAACUUAAAUGAAUUUCAUGCCCGCAUGCCGCCGUUUUAAAUUCACUGUCUUCUUUUUCAAUACCUUAUGUCCCUUUAUCAACGUCUCUUUUCUCAUAUAACAUUUUAUCUCAAGACUAAUGUUAGUCCGUGAAAUAUUUUUUCAUGUGUGUUUUAC